AUGCAUGCCCUCGCGCUCUUCACGGGCCUCGUUGGCAUUGCCAAUGCUGCUUGUCCUUACAUGACAGGCGAUAUCGCCGACAGUCCUCACAGCAUCGAACGUCGUAGUGAUGGCGAUGCUGCCGCGACGGAGGAAUUCCUCUCCCAGUUCUACCUUGACGACCAAGAUGUCUACCUGACUUCGGAUGUUGGAGGUCCCAUUGAAGACCAAAACAGUCUCAAAGCAGGCGAGCGUGGGCCCACCUUGCUUGAAGAUUUCAUCUUCCGUCAGAAGAUCCAGCGAUUCGACCAUGAACGGGUACCCGAACGGGCGGUCCAUGCUCGAGGCACCGGCGCCCAUGGCACUUUCACAUCCUAUGGAGACUGGUCCAACCUCACAGCGGCCUCUUUCCUUUCUGCCAAGGGCAAACAAACUCCCAUGUUCACGCGCUUUUCUACCGUUGCUGGAAGUCGUGGAAGUGCCGAUACAGCACGAGAUGUACACGGUUUCGCCACGCGAUUCUACACAGACGAAGGCAACUUUGAUAUCGUUGGAAACAACAUUCCCGUCUUCUUCAUCCAGGACGCCAUCCUAUUCCCAGAUCUCAUUCACGCCGUCAAGCCCCGCGGCGACAAUGAGAUUCCCCAAGCUGCCACUGCGCACGACUCCGCUUGGGAUUUCUUCAGUCAGCAGCCGAGUACUCUGCAUACUCUCCUCUGGGCAAUGGCUGGUCACGGUAUUCCUCGUUCAUUCCGUCAUGUCGAUGGCUUUGGUGUUCAUACCUUCCGCAUGGUCACCGACAAGGGUGCUUCCAAGCUUGUCAAGUUCCAUUGGAAGGGUCUGCAGGGCAAAGCCAGCUUUGUCUGGGAAGAGGCCCAACAGGCUGCUGGUAAAAACGCCGACUUUAUGCGUCAGGAUCUAUUCGAAGCUAUUGAAGCUGGUCGAUUCCCUGAGUGGGAGCUCGGUGUUCAAAUCAUGGACGAAGAGGACCAGCUCCGGUUCGGAUUCGAUCUGUUGGAUCCUACCAAGAUCGUCCCUGAGGAACUCGUGCCCGUCACGAAACUGGGCAAGAUGCAACUGAACCGCAACCCGAUGAACUAUUUCGCCGAGACCGAACAAGCCAUGUUCCAACCAGGCCACAUAGUCCGCGGCAUCGACUUCACCGAAGACCCCCUCCUCCAAGGCCGAAUCUUCUCCUACCUAGACACGCAACUCAACCGCCACAACGGGCCCAACUUCGAGCAACUCCCAAUUAACCGCCCCCGAAUUCCAAUCCACAACAACAACCGCGACGGCGCCGGCCAAAUGUACAUCCCACUCAACAAAGACGCCUACAGCCCCAACACCCAAAACGCCGGCUCGCCCAAACAAGCCAACCAAACCACCGGCAACGGCUUCUUCACGGCACCCGAUCGAACAACCACAGGCGCCCUCACGCGCUCCAAGAGCUCGACCUUCGAAGACGCCUGGUCCCAGCCCCGCCUCUUCUGGAACUCGCUCGUACCCGCCGAACAACAAUUCGUCGUCGACGCCAUGCGCUUCGAAAACUCCAACGUCAAAAGCGACGUCGUCCGCACCAACGUCAUCAUCCAACUCAACCGCAUCAGCAACGACCUUGCCAAGCGCGUCGCCAGCGCCAUUGGCGUCGCCGCCCCCGACCCAGACCCAACAUACUACCACUCCAACACGACCGCGCACAUCGGCGCCUUCGGGCAGAAACUGUCCAAGCUGGACGGGCUGAAGGUCGGUCUUCUUGCUUCUGUCGUGAAUGGCUCGUCGAUCGCGCAGGGCGCGACGCUGCGGGCCGGGCUUGCGGCGGCGGGUGUGGAUGUCGUUGUUGUUGCGGAGAGGAUGGCGGAGAAUGUGAAUCAGACGUAUUCGGCUUCGGAUGCGGUGCAGUUUGAUGCGGUUGUUGUUGCGGAUGGUGCGGAGGGCUUGUUCUCUGCACGGUCUUUUGCUGCCGCCCCGAAGGCGAAGGGGUCGGCUGCUACGUCGCUGUAUCCUGCUGGCAGACCUUUGGAUAUUCUGUUGGAUGCUUUCCGGUUUGGGAAGCCUGUUGGUGCUGUUGGGGGUGGGGCUGCUGCUUUGCGGGCUGGGGGGAUCUCGAAGGAGAGAGAGGGUGUUUAUGCUGGGAAGAGUGUUCCGGGGGAGUUUGUGAAGGAUUUGAAGGAGGGUUUGAGGACUUUUAAGUUCUUGGAUCGGUUUGCCUUGGAUGAGUAG